GCGCAGGUGGGCAGGGCACGUCGCCAGCCAGCCCGGGGCGCCAGAAUCAGGCGCUGAGAGCCGGGAGGGGCGCCGCGCCCGCCGCAGCCUGCUACCUUCCCGCGAUCUCGGGGCGCCCAUGACUGCGGCGGCGACCGUGCUCAAGGAGGGCGUGCUGGAGAAGCGCAGCGGGGGGCUGCUGCAGCUGUGGAAGCGGAAGCGCUGCGUGCUCACCGAGCACGGGCUGCAGCUCUUCGAGGCCAAGGGCACCGGCGGCCGACCCAAAGAGCUCAGCUUCGCCCGCAUCAAGGCGGUGGAGUGUGUGGAGAGCACCGGCCGCCACAUCUACUUCACGCUGGUAACAGAGGGUGGCGGCGAGAUCGACUUCCGCUGCCCUCUUGAAGACCCUGGCUGGAACGCCCAGAUCACGCUGGGCCUGGUCAAGUUCAAGAACCAACAGGCCAUCCAAACAGUGCGGGCCCGGCAGAGCCUAGGGACUGGGACCCUUGUGUCCUAACCACCCGGGGAUACCAUCUUUCCUUUCUCCCGCCCACCACGGCCGUGGCCAGAGGUCC